ACCCCCCCAAAAAAAGAGAAGAAAACUAGCCCAGACCCCUCCUCACACCAGGCGACUCCCCGUCGCCGCCGCCGCAUCGCCGCCUCCGCAUCGCCGCCGUCUCGGAGCGUCUCCUCAGCAACCCACCGUUGAGGCUCCAGGUAGAUGAAGGAACCUUCCGAUCCGCCCAUGUCAGCGUUAUCGCACACAGAAGGUGAUUCUUCCGGCUUCACAAGAAACAACGAUAGGAAUGAUGAUGCAGUUGGUGGGGAAGAUUCGACUUCUUCAUAUCAGCCAUGUAACAGUAUGAAAUGCAAAGAUGGUACCCAAAUUAUGUCUCUCGCAAAUGAGGAUGUAUCAAACCUGGCAUCGGAUUGUCAAGAGCCGCCUUCAGAAUCCAACCAUGCUAUUUCCCAUGGGUCAAAUACAGAUUCUAAGGAAGAAAUGUCAUCGGGAAGUGGGUAUCGUAGGCAGCAGUCUUGCUUUUCUUCAUCAACCUGUUCUUGGAGAAGUUCUUCUGAAGUAGAAUCAGUGUCAAGUACUCCAGACGGGUCAGGAGAUGUAGUUGGGAACAUGAGCGUCAGAAGCAAAACCUUUGAGCGAAGGCCAGAUCACAUUGCUUCAUAUCCUUCUGCUAGUCCUGACAUAAGAAGGUUGUAUGCAGCAGAAGGUAAAGCUGAUUUUACCUUAGAUUAUCAUUCAGAAGAACGCUGGUCCAGAAGAUCCAAUCAAUCUACUGCCUUUCGAACCAGCAAUGGUCAAUCUAUUGAACACCACAGUGAGAUAGUUGACAUACCUAGACAGGCCAAUUCCAUGGAUGAGACUACUUCCUCUUCAAGUCAAUGGAGUUUUGACAAUUGGGGACCUUCACUGCCAAGAGGGAUGCAGUAUGGUGAUGAGAUCCCUUCUCUGUCUAGUCAGAACUAUGGUGCUAGAAUCCCCUCGCUUUCAAGUAGACAAAGUUAUGGUGAUGAGAUUCCGUCACUAUCUCGCAAUUGUAACUACGCGAGUAGACAAAGUUAUGGUGAUGAGAUUCCAUCGCUUUCUUCUCGCCAUUGUAACUCGUUCUCAAGUAGACAAAGUUAUGGUGAUGAGAUUCCAUCACUUUCUCGCCAUUGUAACGCACGCUCAAGUAGACAAAAUUACGGUGAUGAGAUUCCAUCGCUGUCUAACUCUGACUAUCAGUGCUACCAAGAUAGGAUACCUUUGCAUCAUCGUCAAUGGUGCCAUGAUGCUGAGGCACAUCCACAGCUAAACUACGGGCGAGGUGCUUCUCAUGGCAAUCGUUACUCAAGAGACAGUUUUGUCAGUAGUAUUGCUACUAAUCAGAGGUUCAAGAUGGGCACAGGCAAACAUACUGUCACAAGAUCUGAUCAUCAUAGGACUAUUAAGAACGAUAAUGUAUGCAAACAUUCUGAUGAUACAUUGGAGCAAGUUCGUGGUCCCCGUGCAAACAAAUUGGAAAAUGCAACAAGAUCCAAGAUACAGGAAGAUAUCAGAAGUCCUUUGGUCCGUAGGGAUCAGUUUAACAGACCAGACUUUAUAGUUGAGUAUGAACAAGCCAAGUUCUUUAUGAUAAAGUCAUAUAGUGAAGAUGAUAUUCAUAAAGGUAUCAAAUACAAUGUUUGGGCAAGUACACCACAUGGGAACAAUAAGCUGGAUGCAGCUUUUCGUGAAGCUCAGAUUUUAAUUAAGGAAAAGGGCAAAAAGUGCCCUGUCUUCCUAUUCUUUUCGGUUAAUUCCAGUGGCCAGUUUGUAGGAUUGGCUGAGAUAUUAGGCCCUGUUGAUUUCAAGAAGACCAUGGACUUUUGGAAACUAGAUAGAUGGAAUGGCUUUUUCCCUGUAACCUGGCACAUUAUAAAGGACAUUCCGAAUAGGCUCUUCAAACAUAUAACUCUUGAAAAUAAUGACAACAGAAUUGUUACUUUCAGCAGGGACACUCAGGAGAUUGGCCUACUCCAGGGUCUGAAAAUGUUGAAAAUUUUCAAGGAUUAUGACCAGGAAACGUCACUUCUGGACGAUUUUAAUUUUUAUGAAGAAAAGGAAAGUGCACGAUGUGCCAAAAAGGGAAUAAAUGCAGAGUCGACACAUGAAGCUAGACUAUUGUUUUUUGGAACAGGAGCUAGACACUCUGAUGACUUCAAAUCAAUGGAAAAUUUAGAGGCAAGCAUGGAGAAUACAAUUUUAUAUUAAUCCAGAUCGUUAUGCCGUGCAAUUGAAAUAAGAAGCUUGAUUGGUCAGUGAAGAAGUUGUAGUCUUGGCACUUGCAAAACCAUUUUUGGUCCAGCAAGGAAAGGCAAGAUUAAUUGGGUGUUUGUAUAGUGCAUAUGUUCCCUAAAGUAUUUAACUGGUUGCAAACUUACAUGGACUAGUUUAUCUGUAUUAUUAAGUUGUACUACUUGAUUACUUGUAAGUGGUUGAUGGUUUCUUCCUUUCUUUUGUUGCCAAUAACGAUUAAUCAGCUGGUUGUUUGUCA